AUGACACAGUCAUGGUCUCAAGAAGAGUUGAAUGUUCGACGAAGAGUGGUUCAAUUUUUUAAUAUUAGAGCAAAAAAACGAAUUAUGGCUUCUUUUAAAGCUGUUGAUCUAAUUGAACAGCCUAAAAAUGGUAUUUUUGUUUCCUGCCUUUAUUGGUAUGAUAAGAAAAUACAAUGUGAUAAAUGGUAUUUCACUUCAACGGAUUACCUAAAUUUACUUGAAAGUCUAACAGGAAUUAGACUUACUUCAGAUGAAAAGAAUCGAAUUCGUCGUAAUCUUGAAGAAUAUAAACCAAUAACAGUUGGUAAAAAUAAGAAUGAUGGUGAUGAAAUAUAUAAAGAUUUGAUGUCCUAUUCAUUUGCAAAACCAAGAAAUGUGGAGAAAGACAUCAAACUUUAUGAAUGGAGGCACCUGUUACAUGCUGUAGAAAAAAUUAUUAAUAAAUAUGAUAAAGCAAAAGAUAUACAAAUAAGAAAAGUAGAUCGAAUAAAAAAGUCAAUUCCUUUGGUAAAGAAAUCAAUGGAUAGUACCUUUAUAAAGAAAUACAUAUGUGAGGAUUGGAUUCCAAUAAAGAAGAAGUUCGAUAAGUUUAGUUUUGGUUUAUAG